GGAGCCUUUGUUAGCCCAGAUGCUGGCAGGAAGGAAGCCAGGGCCACAGAUGCUGUAGGUGUCAGCAUCACAACCAGGCGUCUUUCCGGAUACGGGGACCACAAAGAAGCGCACAGUGACUGCAGCACAGCACCGCUACCCCUUCCCACUGACUCCCAUACUGACUCAUACACCGACUCCUAUACUGACUCCCAUACCGACUCCUACACUGACUCCCAUACUGACUCAUACACCGACUCCUAUACUGACUCCCAUACCGACUCCUAUACUGACUCCCAUACCGACUCCUACACCGACUCCUACACUGACUCCCAUACCGACUCCUAUACUGACUCCCAUACCGACUCCUACACUGACUCCCAUACCGACUCCCAUACCGACUCCUACACUGACUCCCAUACCGACUCCUACACUGACUCCCAUACCGACUCCUAUACUGACUCACUCACAUACCGACUCCUACACUGACUCCCAUACCGACUCCUACACUGACUCCCAUACCGACUCCUACACUGACUCCCAUACCGACUCCUAUACUGACUCACUCACAUACCGACUCCUACACUGACUCCCAUACCGACUCCUACACUGACUCCCAUACCGACUCCUACACUGACUCCCAUACCGACUCCCAGAGCCGCUCCCAGGACUAUGCGCCUCUCCAUCUCCCCCAUCACUGCGCUCCUGUGCGGGCUGCUGGCAGUGGCUGCUCCUGGGAGCACAGAGAAAGGACCCGCUCAAACCAUAACUCCCAGUGAUCCUGCAGAAAAUGACAGAAGCGCACAUAGCAAUGUAGCCAUCGAGGAGACUAUUGACAUACCAGGCUGGUCAUCAGAAACAAAGAAGACGAAAAUAUUGAUCAGCAACACUACAAGCGUCAGGCUGGAGUGCAAGCUCUCGAGCGAUCCAGGGGAAUGUGAUGUCAUCUGGCAACACGAUAGUGAAAAAUUGCUUAAUGUGAAUAAUACCUCAGACAAUAAAUGUCACACCGUCUAUGAAUUUGUAUUGUCCGACCCCAGCAAGACUGGAACCUACACCUGUAUUUUUAACAGAAGUUCAGAAGUUAAAGCUGAGUUUCAUAUAACUGUACCUGCAGUUAAAGGUGUAGACAAACCCCUUGUCACUUAUAAUGGAGAUUCCAUUGUCAUGAAAUGUGAUAGUUCCAAGUACAAUCCAAUAGAAUGGAUCUGGUACAAAGUUAACGAAAGCGAAAAGGUUCAGUUAAAUAUGUCUCUGGACUCCACCAAGUAUACUGUUGAACACAAACGAGCCAAUGAAACAAAGCUGCAGGUAUCAGCCCUAUCUGAGAAAGACAGCGGGACCUACAUUUGCAAGGCCAUUUUUAAAGUGGGAGAAAGUGAAGGACAAGUCAAGCUCAGUGUUCUCAGUUACAUGGUUCCUCUCAAGGUCUUCUUUAUAAUAGCGGCCGAAGUGGCUGUCCUGGUCACUGUUAUAUUGGUCUAUGAGAUGAAAACAAAAAAGAAAGAGCCCCAGCCAGAUGCUCAAAAUGAGACAGAGCAAGCUGAGAACCUGAAAUCAGAGGAAAGCACUAAUGUGGAAUCCAGCACGGCGCGCCAACGCAAAGUUUAACCUGCUGAGAAACCCGAAAGAAUCAUCCUCUUAAUGGUCCAAUCAGACUGCAAUACUGUCAAAUACACAUGAUCCUCUGCUUUCAUAAGUCAAGUAAAUCCAUGUAUUGUGAAGAAAUCCGGGAUGUCGAUAGUACCCGAUGCAUUACCUCUUCCAACUAGCCUUAUUAUGCCUACCCUUUCUCUUUGCCUUUAUAUAUAUAUGCCUCUAUAUGACUUCAGGGUUAUGCUUUUUUCUUGUAUAUAGUAGCAUAUAUACUAGCUAGUAUUGUAGCAAUUAUACUAGGUCUUUAUAUAAAUUAAAAUAUAACAUGGAGCACACUUUAGUGAUGAAUGUGGAACACCAUUCAUUUCAGUACAGCUGUGUAAACCAGAUUCUUUAUUUAAGGCUGGUCUACCUAUAGCUUUUAAGCUUACACCCUGGUUGCAGGUAUGUUUUCUUGAUGGCAUAACUGUAGCCAAGUGUAUUAAUACUCCAAGAAAGGUGGUGGUGUGGGGGGCUCAAUAUAGUUUGAAAAUAACUGAUUGUAUAGGUAAAUUGCUCAGGAACAAACUCCUUUCUGACGUAGCUUCAGUUGCCUUUGUGGUAGAGUUCUUCACAGCAAUUAAAUUAUUAUUUAUUAUAGAGCGAACCCAAUAUACUGGGAUUUUGUAAUGAGGCUGAAACUGUCUCAUCAACUUGCAGCUUUCGAAAAAGUCACCUUUUGUUGCCUACGUUCUGUAAUAUAUGCAAAAGCCUGUGUCAGCAUAUCCAGAGAGGGUUGAGUUCAGCUUUGUGGGGUUUCCUCAGUCGUUUGACAUUAAACCCACAGAACAUGUCCUGUGAAAUGUCUGUUUCUGUAUGUCCUAACUGAAUAAUUGCACACCUAACAACAUGAAUAGCUGUUGGGUUAUAUGGAGGAGGGGACUUAGGGGCAGAUCUAUCAAAGUGUGAAAUUAGAGCUCACUCAGUCAGAACAAUUCUAUCCUAUGGGAUGUUUAGAUGCAUAUUUUUCAAGGGGUAAAAGUUGGAGGCCUAUCUAUCAAUAUUCAUACCAUGAAGCAAAAAAGAUCUUCCAGUUGGAGACAUCACAGCUGCCCACUGAGUUCAGCAGCUUUUAGAUGGCAAAGUUUUGUAUUAGUAGAUUUUGUGGUUGUGACGCUUAAUAAAAACACAAAUCACGCAAAAAAUACCAAUAUUAAUAAAUGCUCCAUCUGAUAGAUACGAUUCUAAAAAUCCCAUAAGAGCGAAUAGAAAAUGGAUGAGUUUUUCUUUAGUGAGCUCUUAUUUCACACUUUAAUAAAUCUGCCCCUUAGAGUUUUUCAAUAUAUUUUUAGGGAUGAGUUUGUAAACAGACAAACAAAAUAAUAACUUUUAUGUAAAUGGGCCAGUUUAAAAACUUCACAAAUAAAUUCAUAUUUCCCCUAAUAGUAUUAAGAAAAAUAAUCAUUAAAAAUUAAAAAAGGGUCACUAUACAUUUAAGCAGAACUCUGGUUUAUUAUAUUAACAAUAAUUUCCCCUAAUAGUGGGAUUCGGAGCUUUCUGGAUAAUGGGUUUCCGGAUAACGGGUCCUAUACCUGUAUAAUGAACAUCUUUUUCGGGCAAGCAUUAGAAUUGGUAAAUACGCUUGUGUUUUAGGAAAACCUACAUUACACUGUAUUACAAAUCAUGAUUUAUUUUCCCAAUGACGGCAUUUAUUGCGUUUCCCCAAUUUCCAACUAUGAUUUAUUUGAGAAUGGGGCUUUAACACUAAGGGGCGUAUUUAUUAUGCUGUGUAAAACUAAUUCGCCGAAAAAACGUAGUAAAAAGCUGUGUAAAAUAAAUGGAAAAGAUCGCCAUCUGAACUCCGGAUAUUACGCCGGAUAUUACGCCGUUAUUUUCCAUAAGUUCCGGUGGAAGAAAAAACGCGUAAAACAAUUACGCCAAUUUUACGCCGUUUUUACGCCAUUUUUACACAGCAUAAUAAAUAUGCCCCUAGAUGUAUUGAGAUUUAUUGAGAUGGAGAGGCCGAAAUAAAAUAGUUCUUAUAUCUCUCACAGUUUGUACUUUAUUGAAGCCACUGUCUGGGGAGAUAGGUCUCAGAUUAAAAAUGCAUCAUCGGAAAAAUAGCAAUAAGCAACUUUUUUUUCCAUUUAUUUGUGAAGACAGAUUUAAUUUUUGUGGAACUUAAUAAACGGAAGCCUCGCCUUGUUACCCAGAA